AGUAGACAGGGGACAGGGAGAGAGUGCCUCUAAACCUCAAACUCACUGUUUACUUUGUAGUUUUAGCUGUUAGGUGUCAAGCUUGUUUUGACUUCCAAACAUAUACAUUAGAAGAUCUCUGAAAAUGGUGUCAAUAUUCGUAAAGACUUUAUAAAUAUCAGACAACAAUGUUUCCACCAAAUCUUCCGGUCAAAACGCUUGUGUUCCUGGGGCUUUGUCAGUUUGGCCGAAGAGGUCUUGCUUCUGCCCCAGAGCUCAGAGAUCAACCCAAGAAGAUCGCCAUAGUUGGAGCAGGAAUUGGAGGCACUGCUGCCGCCUACUUCCUGCGGCAGGAGUUUGGACCAAGCGUUAAAAUUGACAUAUUCGAACCGGGAAAGGUUGGGGGCCGCCUUGCCACGGAGAAUAUCGCAGGUGACGAAUAUGAGACAGGAGGAUCCAUUAUCCACCCACUGAACCUGCACAUGAAGCACUUUGUGGAUAAACUAGGGUUGAAUCCACGAAAGGAUGUACCCUCUAAAAUGGCGAUUUUCGACGGGAAGGAGUUGAUGUUUGAAGAGAGUGACUGGUUCAUUGUCAACAUCUUUCGGAUGCUGUGGCAAUAUGGGUUCAACUUCCUGCGUAUGUACAUGUGGGUGGAGGGAAUUCUGGACAAGUUCAUGAGGAUAUACCAAUACCAGCAGUUUAGCUACGCCUUCUCGAGUGUUGACAGGCUGUUACAUGCGAUGGGCGGUGAUGCCUUUCUCACCUUAACCAAUCAGACCUUGGAGGAAGCCAUGAUGGGGGAGGGCUUCUCUCAAAACUUCCUGAAUGACAUCGUGGCGCCUGUCACCCGUGUCAAUUACGGUCAGAGUGUCCGCAUCAAUGGAUUAGUGGGUGCCGUGUCUCUGGCCGGGGCAGACUCGGGGCUAUGGGCAGUGGACGGGGGCAAUAAGAAGGUAUGUUCUGGCCUUCUGUACCACAGCAAGGCCGAGCUCAUUCAGGCACGCGUGACCGCCAUCGCAGUCAAACACAGACCCUCCAAGAGUGGUAACCCUGUUAACCUCUAUGAGGUUAAUUACGUCAGCCAAUCAGGUGCAGCUCACUCCCUCUAUGACAUUGUCAUCGUGGCCACACCCCUGCACCAGGGCCUAUCAGACAUCGCCUUCCUAGGCUUUUCCCCGCCCAUUUCCUCGCACUUCCCCGGCCGCUUCCACCAGACAGUGGCCACGCUGGUCCACGGCCGGCUCAACGUCUCAUUCCUGGGCUCCGCCGCCGAUCCGGCCCACUUCUUCUACUCGGACAUCCUCACCACUGAGCACAAGCCGCUGGACAUCCACAGCCUGAGCUCGCUGGACCCCGUGAGCAUACCGGCAGGCUACGAGCGGCCGCCGGCCUCGCGGCCCUCCGUCUGGAAGGUGUUCUCGCCGCGCCCGCUGACGCCGGAGCAGCUGGGCGCCAUGUUCGUGUCGUGGGACGAGGUGUCGGAGACCCGCUGGCUGGCGUACCCGGCGUACAGCCCGCCGCACCGCGGCACACCGCCCUUCGAGCUGCACGAACGCCUCUACUACCUGAACGCCAUAGAGUGGGCAGCCAGCGCCAUGGAGAUGAGCGCCAUCUCCGCCCGCAACCUAGCGCUGCUCGCCCACCACCGCUGGCACGGCCAGACCGCCAAGGUGGACCAGGAGGACCUCCACACCCGCCUGAGGGGGGAGCUGUAGAGGAGUGGAGUGAAGGGGGGUGGGGGUGAGGAGUAAUUGUGGAAGGGUUAAUUCAGCAAAACUCAAAACAGCAAAGGACAUGAAAACGACUUGGUUCCUGCUGUUGUUGGACCAAAGUAUACCUUUAAAAGGCUGCCUCACUGUUUGGUUUGGAAAAUGAUUUAUAAUUUAAUCGCCAGGCCAUUGGUCCUCCAGAAAUUAUCAACAAUUUUAAGAUAGUAUCAAACACAAAUGAUUUCAAAAUAAUUGUAAUCCCUUUAAACUUAUUGACGAUACAAUAAUGCAAAGGCCAGCACAAGUUAGUAAAACAAAAGUUCACCAUGAAAGACUUUGAAACUGCUUAAGAAAUCUAUGUGACACAGUGCGAUUCUGAUACCAAACAACUUUUCUAAAAUCUAACUGUUUUUAAAAUGUAACUCUGGAGGAAAAACAACCUUUCACUAAUCAUGGAACCUACCUACCUACCUACCUUUAUUUUCAUAAAAAAAUAUGUUGAAUAAUGUCAAAAAUGUGUAAUUAUCUUAAAGCAGUUUUUAAUGUGUUUCAGGGUGGAUUGUUCCUAAUUUGUUUUCAUGUAGAUCUCCAUUUCUCGCGGUCACUAGUACUGUUGAUACAGAAAAAUUCCCGAAAACUAUCGGUUUUGCCUAGCUUGAGUUGCUACAGCCAGCAGCUGAUGCAGUCAGGUAGCUACCUGUGCUACACUCCGGGGGGCAUGUAGCCUACAUGGGAGCUCACGGACAUGCCCCCAGAAUGUAGCUACCUACCUACCUGUUAGCUGCUGGCUGUAGCAACUCGAUCAAGGUGAACCCAAUUGUUCUACUUUUUUCACAUUGAGAGUACUUGUGAUCUUAAGAAAAGGAGAUCUAUGUGAAACCUCGCCAGAUUUCUCCCUUAACCUCCAGACAAAACAACACUGUGCUGACGGUGUCACAGCAGUGUUCGAGUUCUUGAGUUGAGCUCAUGAUGUACUGUAUUCUGACAUGCACUGUGAGAGAGCAAAUGAGCAAUAAUAGAAAGACCAAUGUGGCGUGAUGCUGUCACCUUUUGGAAACUUCUGUGUAACCGGAUAAGCCAUUGACACCGUUGGUCAUUGCUUUUCAAUACCGCUGACACAGCAAUGCUGCAAGCGAAUAGGGAAGUUCUGAAAAACACUGGGUUGAUACUAAUAGAAAUGUCUCAGGUCUAUGACGCCACCUCAGAUGUUUUUGAUGUGCUUGUUAGUCUGUCUGUGUUCUACACGCAGCAACAGAGGCACAUUAUUUCAGCAAGAACCUUUUAAGAUCAAAUGGCAGUAUUUUGUGUGCACAGUAUUUGUAAGUGACAAACACAAAUGAGAUUGAUAUGUUAUGUUUUCUUAAGACACGUUUUCUAGGAAGUCAUCCUCUGUUAGUGGUAUAGACAGAAACCUGUUGCCUGUAGAAGGUGAAUUUUCUGGAUAGAAUCUCUGUCUUCACUGUGUUGUGUGAUUAGCUGCCAAUGUCAAAUUAUCAUUAACAGCUAGGUGAAAGUAGUUUACAGGAUUUUUUAUACAGUACAAUCAGCUUGUCUCUGAGUGCUUCUGUGCUUCUUACAAGUCAAAACUGGGUGGUGUCCCUCUGGUAGUUGCUAAAUAGUGACCAGUAGUGAGUCACUGUAUCUUUUACAUGUUAACAGAAAAACAGUUUAUUUCCACUAUGAAUUGAAAUGUAUAGUGAAAUUCAAUUGAAAUGUAUAGUGGAAAUGUGUGUAUUGUAUUGUGUGUGUGUUGUGUAUUGCACCUUUUAAAUCAAGGUAGGCCUACUGCUAGAAUUUGAAUGGCUUGUUUAGUGAGCCACUUGCAAUAACCUGUCAUUCCCAAAGUGCCUUUAAUGCGUUUUUAGCAAUAAGACAAAGAUGGACUGUUUGUAAAGAUGAUGUGUGCUGCUGUGUAAACAGGGGCAAACUGAGAUGUCUGUGAGUUUUCAUGGGAAGUACUGCCCUGUGUCCAGGCUCUUACUUGAUACCGUGACUGAAGCAGGCAGACAGACCCCUAGGAGUACAGUAUAGCGUGGUCGAAGUACACUAAGAUUGCCAGGAUCCCGAUAUUUCCUAAAGUUAAGAUCGGCAAAAGACCUUUAUUCAAUAGGUUAAAAGUAGCCUGGGUGAACUCAGAUGAACCUGUUGGCGAAUUUGAUCUGCAGGUUGCCGUGGAUAGGAGCUCAUGGACGUCUGUUUCCGAAUCACCAAAAAAAACCCAGGAAUGUGUAUGGAAUUGAGUGAAUAACUGCAUUUGACACGUUUAUUUACGAGGCCGAUACGUUUGCUGCACUUCUGAAACGUUUUGGUAAGACUUGAAUGCACACAUUUAUGUUUAAUUUCACUCGUGGUUAUGCCUGUGGAAGGAGAUAAAGGGAGAGAAUCAGGGCUCAGUAGGCUCCUUUCCAGACCGACCCACAGAGCAAAUUCAAAUAUGCCAACAGUCUGGGUUCACCCAGUCUAGGUUAAAGGUGUUUGUGAGACGACGUCUGCUGCUGAGGGAUUCUUACGGAUCAAAAGAGCGUUGUCUUGCCACCAGUGGUCUCUACUUGGGGCUCUCCCUGGGGGCUGAUGGAGCGCAGUUUAAGGUCUUCCCCGUUUCUGAUACUAUGUAGACCAAAUAAAACGACUAACCCAAACUCAUAGGUUAGAGUAAGGUACGUAGGGUGUAUUUAUUUUCCUUUCCUGUGCCUUUUAAAAGUCCUUUAACUACUGAUUGGAAAAGCAAUAACUAUAGAAUGAUGCUGGAGUUUGUGUGAUGCCAUUGUUGACAUUUAUUCAUGUGUUUUGUUUCUUUGUUUAAAAAAGAAUAGAACUUUGUCUGACAUACUAAUCUUUUGUUUUCUGUGUCAACUGUAAUAUGAACAUUAAUGCACCUCUUCAAUUGGUAUUUAUAAUUAAAAAUCAAUCAUGAUUAAAAACUGACCUACUGAUCUUUCUAUGAGUAGAAGGACGAAGGCAAGUGCAGAGUGGACUGAAUGGCAUUAAUAGAUAUGCAAUAGACAAAACGUCUUAAUGAAGAAUUAAUGAGUUUAACGAUUAGUAGAAUGGUUUAAAGAGGACACGUCUAGCAGAGAGUCUGGUCAUAAUUCAACUUAAUUCAAAUUGUUCAGGGAUCUGCAUGGUUGAAUUGUUGGUUCAUUUGAAGAAACAACACUAAAUCUUGUUUUAUGUUUCAUACAAAUGUUUUAUUUUCUGAGAAUGAAGGCACAGUUCCUCUUCUGCUGUUGGUCGUUUUAGGUCUGUGGGCUAUGCUUACACGGCAGGGCGACUGGAUCUGAAAACAUCCCUUUCUGUAUGCUUUCCAUACUGUUUGCACUGACACCACUAUGUCCAUAUACCAGUGCUGUACUGUGGACUGCAUCUGAUCUAUGCCACUUAGGUGCAAAAACUGGGUGUUUGAUCGUUGACCGUGCAGCGUUAACACAAGAAACUACUCCAGUGUACUGAGGGUCACUUUAACUGUGAUUAAGUUGACAGUGAGGUCUUUGUUUAUGAUGCCAA